ACCCUUUGACGCGGGAACAGCAAUCUCAUAUAUAAGGCUGUCCAUUUGAUUUGAAUCUUGAUUUCACUGUUCUUUCUGCACUCAUUCGUUUUUUUUCGUUUUCUCCCGCUCGUUCUUCACCAUUUGGGGGUUCGAAUUUUCAUUCAGAAGUUGCUAAGAUGGAAAACAACUACCUAUUUCCUGCUAAGAAGCAAGAAGCUGAGGAAACUAAGUUUAUUUCUGAGGAGAAGCCUCCUCCUCCUGUGACGACCAAAGUUGCUAAGAUGGAAUAUACCAACUGGUCUCCAUUUCUGAAGGAAAACUGCGAACGGUAUCUUGCUAAGAAGAAAGAAGAGGACAGAAAGUAUUUAUCUGAAAUUCUUCGUCCUCCUGCUGUGAAGACCAACAUUGCCGACUACAAAACCAUUGCCGACAAUCAUACUUUAACGACUACAAAACCAUUUCCCAAGCCGUUCCCAAAUGAAGGAUUAAAAGUUGAAAGCUACAAUGAAAAAAUGAAAAGAAAACUAGGUUGUUGUCAGCCUUCUAGCCUAUCUCUCAAUCUCAACUUGCUUCUUGAUGCAAAGCAGCUAGAUAAAAAAGUUGAAGUUGCUAAGAUGGAAUAUACCAACUGGUCUCCAUUUCUGAAGGAAAACUGCGAACGGUAUCUUGCUAAGAAGAAAGAAGAGGACAGAAAGUAUUUAUCUGAAAUUCUUCGUCCUCCUGCUGUGAAGACCACCAUUGCCGACUACAAAACCAUUGCCGACAAUCAUACUUUAACGACUACAAAACCAUUUCCCAACCCAAAUGAAGGAUUAAAAUUUGAAAGCUUUGAAGGAGAUCCUUUUGCAACGACUAACCUAUUUUCUAAAAAUAAAGAAAUGGAAAGUAAACUACGUUGUUGUCAGCCUUCUAACAUAUUUAUCGACCCGCUUCUUGCUGAGGAGCGUCCUGUGAAAUCCGACACGCUUUUUGUGAUGUCUGACCCAUUUCUUGCUGAAAGAGUUGCUAAGAGGCGAAAAGUAGAGAGCUUAGAGGAAGAGCCUCUUGAGACGACCAAUCCGGUUUGCAACCCUUUUCCUGCUAAGAAAGAAAAGGAGAGUAAGUUCGUAAGGACCAAACCGCGUGCUGCUGAGAAGCAUCCUGUGAUGUCUGACCCGUUUCUUGCUGAGAGGCCUCCUCACAUGUUUCUAAACAUUUUUUUUUCUUAUCAGCAAAAAGUGGAAAAACUUGCUGAGAUGCUAAAAAUAGAGAGCAUAGAGGGAGAGCCUCAAGUCACGACCGACCCUCUUGUUGCCAAGAAGCAUCAUGUGUCGACCAUGUUUCUAAACCUUUUUCUUGCUUAUAAACAAGAAGUGGAAAGAGUUGCUAAGAUGCUAAAAAAAGAUAGCAUAGAUGGAGAGCCUUUUUUGACGACUGACCCUAUUCUUGCUGAGAAGCCUCCCGUUCUUGCCUAUCAGCAGGAAGUGGAAAGCUCGAAGAAGAAAGAAGAGGAAAGUAAUACAACCAACAUUGCCGAGAAGCAUACUUUGACAUACUUUGACGACAAACCUGUUUCACAACCUGCAUCAUCAUGUGAAGCAGCUACAUGAAGAACUUGCCAAGGAGGGGCACCUUUCAAACAACAAAGAGGACAAUCCCUUUGCACCAUUUGGAUGAUGGGAUCAAAAAUUAAGUGUAUAUGUUGAUUUUUGUUCAAAAGUAUCUAUCCCUUUUGAUGAUUAUAUUUCAAAAUUUGCCUGGAGACACUUGUAAUAUUGGGUUUGUAACAGAUGAACUCUUUCUGUUUUAUUAUUUUUUUGACAAAACUCUUACUAUUUCUUAUUUCCUAUUGUCAUAUCAGUUAUAACUAAAGGUAGUAUAGAUUACAAUGGAGGAAGAACCAAAACUCAACUUUGAAAUUA